AUGUCGCAAGUUUGCAAGUAUGGGCCGCCGCUGCACCCCAGGCCUAGAGUCUACCACCGGAUCCACGAGUUGAUUGAGACCCACGCCAACGCGAAGCUUACCGGGGAGUACCACGAGGAGUAUGUUCAGACCUUGGCCACGCUCGAGGGUGUCUCCUCUGCCAACCCCGAGAUGAUUGACUUGCAGCCCGAGAUCCAAUGGUACAUGCGCCCGUUUCUAAUAGACUUUCUCAUUGAGCUCCACUCGAGCUUCAAGUUGCAGCCGCAAACGCUCUUCCUAUGCUUGAACAUCAUCGACCGGUACUGCGCCAAAAGGAUCGUUUUCAAACGGCAUUACCAGUUGGUCGGCUGCACGGCGUUGUGGAUCGCGGGGAAGUAUGAGGAUAAGAAGUCGCGAGUGCCCACGUUGAAAGAGUUGACCAUCAUGUGCCGCCACGCUUACGACGAGGAGAUGUUUGUGCAGAUGGAAAUGCACAUCCUUGGUACAUUGGAGUGGUCGAUUGGUCACCCGACGUUGGAGGACUGCUUGCAGUUGAGCAUCGCGGGGAGCCACCUUUCCGGGCCCCUCGACGACACCACUGCGAGUGCUGUUGGUGCCGUGGCGCGGUUUCUCUGCGAGUUGUCGCUAUACGAUAAGUUUUAUUUGGCUGUGCCGACCAGCAUAGUUGCCAUCACUGCCCAUUUGCUUGCGUGUUCAAUGUUGCAACUUCCGACAGCUGCCGCUGCGUUGAAACAGUUGCUAGAGAAAACAGAAACCACCGUGGCCCCUUUUGACGACGACGUGGAAAACAAGCAGCCGCCAGUCCACGGCGCGUUCCUUAGCGGCCUCGACGACACCAGCUUGCUCAUGAUAAAGAAGACCGCGCUAAUGUUGAUGCUCCACUUGAACAAAACAACAGAGGUGCUUUCCAAAAAAUACCAGGCCUCGGGAGUGAUCCAGGUUGUGCGAAACUACCACUCCAGCCACCUGCUGGUAAUGCAGGAGCUCAGCGAGAGCAAAGACAAUGUCCAGCUAGAUGCCAGGCUCAUACGUCUCGCCGACAUCUUGCUACAGCUCCACGACGAGUACUACUACAAACCCAGAUCGCCGUCGUUCUCGUCCUCCACGCUGAGCUUCGAGUCGGGACCGCCGGUAACCCCGCCGCUGGCCACCUCGCAGUGCUCUGUCUUUUCCAACAAACGGUCCAUCGACAGCGGGGGGUUUGUCUCCUCCUGCAACACGCCGACACACGCCAGUUUCCACCCGUUAGUGCCGCCGCGGUCCGCCACCAAGAUCAGAAAGAAGCGGUACGGAAGUAGUUGUGUAGCUGGGUAUUCGCCUGUUGCUAUAAACUAA